ACCAGAAUAUGAAAAGAACUCAAAAAAAUUAACACCAACAAAACCUAAUAACCCACUCAAUGAAUGAAUGAAUGAUCUAUAGAUAUUAUUCCAAAAAAGAAAUACAAAUAAUCACAAAAUAUAUGAAAACAUGUUCAACAUACUUAGCAAUCAGGAAGAUUUAAAUCAUAACUACAUUGAUAUUUCAUCUCACCCCAGUCAGAAUGGCAAUCAUCAAGAAUACAAAUAAUGAAGCAGGCGUGGUGGCACACACCUGCUAUCUCAGUAGCUUGGGAGGCUGAGGCAGGAGGAUUGGGAGUGCAAAGCCAGCCUCAGCAACUUAGUGAGGUCCUAAGCAACUCAGUGACACCCUAUCACUAAAUAAAAUAUAAAUAAAGAGCUGGGGAUGUGGCUCAGUGGUAAAAUUCAAUCCCUGGAACCAAAAACAAAAUAAAACAAAACAAAAUGAACAAAUAUUGAUAAUUGCUGGUGAGUAUGAGGGGAAGAAGUUAUACAUUGUUGAUGGGACUGCAAAUUAGUACAACCACUUUGGAAAGCAGGAUGGAGAUUCCUCAGAAGACUAAGAAUGGAAACACCAUUUUUUUUUUUUCAAAUUCUAGACUUGAGGAGUUGAUCAAGUAAUUAAAGGACAUUUCUAAAGAAAAAAAAAUAAAGAAAAGAAAUAAAGGCUCUGAAAACCUUCUCUGGAUUUUCCCAUAUGCUGACAUUAGCAAGAGCUACUCCCCCCCACACCCAUCAUUGCUCUUACACAGGUCCCUAAACAGGUGACUCUAUAUUAUCAAGAGAUGAAUCUUCAGACUCAUGCGGUCCUGACCUCUUUCCAGAGCUGUUUACUUAAAUGCCUUCUUUUCCAUAAUCUUUAAAAAUCCAAUAUCAGAUUUUAGAAUUAGCAGAGAGGAGGGAUACCACAGUUUCUCAUCUUAAGUUAAUUCUUGUUGGAAUUCUUUUUCUGCUCUGCCUACUUAUCCCCCUCCCAGCCCUAAAUUCCAGUAAUCCUGGUACUGGCUUCAAAGUAAAUGCAAAAAUAUAUAAGGCAGAGUCUAAUUUAGAUUUAUAUUUACUUGGAAAAUAGGACCCAUAAAUUAAGGAUCAUUCUGUGUUGGAGAAAUAUGAUAUGUGCUAUGAAGUGGAGGGAGGAGGGCUGGUGAGAGAAAGGGAGAGGGAGAGGGCAGCACUUGUGAGAAAAGCCCAAUCAUUCCAGAUUUCAGUAUGAGAGGACCUAAAGUAAGGCUAAAACCUUAGUUUAAUCCUAAGAACUGGGAUUACCAGCAUGGGCCACAGUGUGGGUUCAGACACAUUUAUAUAUGAAGGGUAAAAUCACUAGGGAUAGAUAGGAAUCCAGAUCAUUGCAGACUGUGAAAAUUGUGCUUCCCUCAGUGAGUAAAUCAAAGGAAAAAAGUCUCUGGGAAUCUCUGUGUGGUUUCCCAGGCACUUCUCUAAGAUAGAAAGGGAAAUCAUUGCUUCUCCACCUCCUUUCCCCAGGGCUGCUCACUCUCUGACAUCAUAUUCCCUGGGGAGGUGCUUUCUUUUAGAAGGUCUAUCCUUGGCUUCUUCAAACAGCCUCUGAGCCAGGACUCAGAGAGAUGAUGUGAGAAAGACAGCUUGGUGCUGGAGGAGAAAGGUCAGAAGAAAACCGCAGGUCCUGGGCGUGGCUCAAGGUCUCAGGCCUGAAGGAGGUUUCUGGGGUUGGGAAACCAGAAGGAAACCAAAUCCCCACUUUCCAGGAGUUUCACUUCCUCCUCUUUCAACCUGAGUUCUGCCUGGUGACUCAUGACGCGUCCACAGUUCUCACUCUCACACCAGUGGUUUCUAGAGAAGCCAAUCAGAGUUGUCGCCGCGAUUCCAGGUGACAAGGUCCAGGCACUGCUGCAGGAACUGAUUCUCCCUGUCCAUGGAGGUGUGAGUCAUGAAGUUCAGAACUCUGUUCCUGCUGCUUUUGGGGCCUCUAACCCUAAUCCAAACCUGGGCGAGGUCCCACUCCCUGCGUUAUUUCCACACCUCCGUGUCCCGACCUGGCGAGGAAGAGUCUUUUUACACCUCGGUGGGCUAUGUGGACGACACACUGUUCCUGCACUUCGACAGCGACGCCCCAAAUCCGAGGGUGGAGCCGCGGGUGCAGUGGAUGGAAUUUGAGGCACCAGAGUUUUGGGAAACGCAAACCAAGAUUGCUAAGGCGCACGCACAGAAAUUGAGCUGGAACCUGCGCUCCACCCUCCGUUACUGCAACCAGAGCGAGGACGAGUUAAGCCCCAGAGGUAAAAGCUGGAGCAAAGCCAGUCUGACUUCCGGGGCGGGGCCAGGCUCUCACACCUUCCAGUGGAUUUCUGGCUGUGACCUUGGGCCAGAUGGAAGCCUCCUUCGUGGAUAUGAGGAGUUUGCCUAUGAUGGUGCGGAUUACAUCUCCCUGAAUGAGGACCUGCGCUCUUGGACCUCAUGGAACAAGGCUGCUCAGAUCACCCAGCGCAAAUGGGAGGAUUCAGGAGAUGCAGAGCACUACAGGGCCUACCUGCAGGAGGAGUGCCUGGAGUGGCUCCGCAGAUUCCUGGAGAAAGGGAAGGACAAGUUGCUGCACACAGAGUCUCCAAAGACACAUGUGACCCGUCACUUCAGCCCUGAAGGAGAUGUCACCCUGAGGUGCUGGGCCUUGGGAUUCUACCCUAAGGAGAUCACCCUGACUUGGCAGAGGGAUGGGGAGGACCAGAUUCAGAACAUGGAGCUUGUGGAGACCAGGCCUGCAGGGGAUGGAACCUUUCAGAAGUGGGCAGCUGUGGUGGUGCCUGCUGGGGAAGAGCAGAGAUACACAUGCCAUGUGCAACAUGAGGGGCUGCCUGAACCCCUCACCCUGAGAUGGGAGCUAUCUCGUCAGCACACCUUCUCCAUGAUUGGAAUUCUUCUUGGCCUCCUUCUCUUUGGAGUUGGGUUUGCUAGUGUGAAGUGGAAGAGCCAGAUAAAAAAGAGAGCUCUGCUUCUGCCCCAGAAAUUCCUUCACAGCCAAAGAAGAAGUGUGACCACAGUCUGAACUCCGGAAUCUCUGCUCCUACCAUCUUCUCCCUCCUCCUGAGGUACCUGGCUUGAUGAGGGGUGCUGUGGCCUUUUGAAGACUUCAUGACAGUGGCAACUACAAGGAGACACCUUGCAGCUGGGUCAAGGUCCCUCAGGAGGCUGCACGUGCUCUGAACUAGUGUCUGACAGGUGGCACUGUUUUCCCAACAGCCAGGAUUCAUUUGUCCAGGAAUCAAGAAAUGGGAAUGGGAGUGGCAACUCUCACUAUGGCCCCCAGUGACCCACUGUGUGCUUCCUGUCCCAAGACCUUAUGUCCUGCUGGCCUAGAGAUCUUAGUUUCACAGAAGAAAUGCUUCCAUCAAGAGACAACAAUGAGUUCACUGAAUUGGAAAGGUCAACUGUCACUGGCCAUGUUGGGCUCUUCUUGCUUUAAGUCAAGAGCCCAAGAGUGGAGUUAGCUGGUGGGCCUGAGUGAUGGAUCCUGGCAGCCAGGGGGACAUGGGACAGCUGCUCCCCAUGGAGGGAAGGAAGGGAAUGUCUGGAAUAUAGGAGUCCCUUAGGGUGCCUCUUAGUGUUACCCCUGUGAUUAAUGUCCAUGGGAAACUACAUCAUCCUAACCCAGGCAGGACUAAGAGUGGCCAGGACCCUUCAGGAAUGAAGGUUGGCAUCACCACAGCAGGAGAAAUGCCACAGGCAGCUGAACUACUUGGUGAAUUGAAGGGAAUACGGAAUGGGAGGUGGAAGAAGAUAGUUAUGAGUACCAGCAGCAACACAUGACCAUUUUCAGAGGAGAGGACUGUAAUUUUCAUUUGCAUAUCUUCUUUAUUUUAUUAUGAAUAUGUUUGUGGUAUGUAUUUAUUAAUAAAAUAUACUUAUUUUCUUGAAUAUCAUCCUUUUAUACAUAACAAAUAAUUUUGACUGUUUUUCAUAGUAUUAAACAUUGUUAAGUGUA